AUGAACGUCUACAACGCGGCCGCGGCCGUCGUCGACAAGGUCCGGACCAAGCACAGCGGGAUCCGCACGGCGCUCUACGCGCUGCCCAUCUCGCAUGGCCUGCGGCCGACGAUCCAGGCGCUGGCGCAGGAGAGCCUCAAGCACGCCGAUGCGCUCGUGGCCGGCGCGUCGGCCCUCGCCGCGCGCCUCGCUUUGGCUAACCCGUCGUCGUCAGUCGUUGCGUUCGAGCGCGCGCCGGCGCGGGCCACGUCGCUCCGGAACACGGUCGCCAAGGCCGGCGCCAACGACCGCAUCUCGGUGGUCGAAGCCGACUUCCUCGAGACAGACAUGACCAAAGGGCCGUGGGCCGACGCGACGCUGGCGAUCUGCGACCCGUCGUGCUCGGGCUCGGGCAACGUCGCGGUGGGCGAGCCGAUGCCCGAGCACUCGGCCGACGAGCUCACGGCGUUUGCCGACCAUCAAUUUGCGAUCGUCCAGCAGGCCAUGGCGCUCCCCAAGAUGCAAACGGUGGUCUACUCGACGUGCUCGGUGCACGAGGUGGAGAACGAAGGCGUCGUCGCCCGUCUCCUCAAGACCCAUGGCGCCAACUGGGCGCUUGUCUCGGUGCUACCGAAUUGGCCCGAGCGCGGUGUCGAGACCGACGCGCUCGCCCCCCGCGUGACCAAGCGCUGCGUGCGGGCAUCCCACGCCCAGCACACCCACGGCUUUUUCGUGAGCUGCUUUGAGCGGCGGUCCGCGGAAGUUGAACCGGUGCCAAUGCCGUCACGCAAGCGGCCGGUCGAAGCGGUUGCAGCCCCGACGACGGCCCCCAAGAAGAAGAAGCAGAAGAAGAAGAAGCAGAAGACGAAGCAAACGAACACCAACGAUGCGUAG